AUGUCUGUCCCACGUCUUCUCUUCAUUACGGUGGCGCUUCUCGCAGCGGACGCAAUCUCCCAAGAAGAUCAAGGAGGCACCUGUGGCCCGUUUGCGCUGACCACGACUUCGGGCACAUUGUAUUCUGCACCUAAUGGUACACAACUGCCCGGGUCAACCCAGACCGAACUGGAGCCGGGACAGUACCUCAUCUCUGAUAAUGGGACACUCACGACCCACAAUGGGUCCCUCUGCGAAUUCCGACCUUACCUGAUCUGUCUCCCGAACAAUACUCACUCCGAAGGAGACGGCGCUUUUGUCGUCGGCGAAUAUGGACGUCUCUCCUACUCCAACAACGACACCUUCAACGGUUGCAGUCCCUCGGUGGAAGAUGGAUCUACUUUCGAAGACAUGCGCAUAUUCCCUGGCAGUGCUCCACCGGGUAAUGGCUCGGGGGUUGCAUCGUGUGGCUUUCUUGCUAUGCAGGCCUCACGCUGUCACCCUGGUGAGAAUGACGCGGAAUCCAACAACACCGACGCCGCCGCCAGCUCUAGCAACAGCACCAACGCGACCGGAGAAACCAAUGGUGCCAACAGUACUGAAGACGGUCCAACCACAAGUGGCACAUCAGGAUUGAUGAUGGGUCUGAGCACUUCCCUGUACGGUCUGUUUCUAGUUCUCGGGCUUGCUUCGUCCUGA